ACAGACAAAAUCCUACAAGAAACACACUUUUAAAUUUGAUUUCGUAAAAGUCGGGUGUCAACUUCACGGAGGUCUUUUCCUGAACGCAACCAAGCCUUGUGUUCACGAUACUAAAAAUUGGCCGAAGAUCUCGUACAGAGAGAAAAUUAACCAAUAGCAUCUGAACAAUUCGGUCAAAUUCAGCAUGAUUAGUCAAUUCUUCCUCGGUCAGAGAUUUCGAUCUGAUUUCUAGCAUCGUGGACACCACAAGGCUUUAGAGUAAAUCCAUAAAUACAAACAGAAAACAAAUGUACACGAAGUUAGUCAUUCUACAACAUGACGAUGCUUUCAAUCGGAGAAACAAAAAUGUGCAGCAUGUCCUUGCAAAUGUCAAGAGGUUUCUGCUAAAACUGUUUCACGGAUGCGUGCGUGUUAGCAUUCGUUUUAAGUUGUAACAUAUUACAUCAUAAUAUUAUACGUUAUAAUAUCGCUACGUUAAAUAUUCGUGAAUCGGAAGAGGCAAAACAGUGAGAAUAAAAAUGAAGCGUUUGGAUCAGAAACUAAUGCAGAAAGAAACCAACGUAUCGAUGCUAAUCAAGCCGCUGAGGAUAUUUCAAUUCGUGCGUAUUGGACACCUUGUUAUUUCGCUCAAUUGCAUUUUAAUAUACAAGAAAAAUAUCAGAAUUGGAAUAAACCGAUAAUCUCUCGCCGCGCUAUAAAAUUUUUUUCUGAAACAGUUCGCAGUGCUGCUAGUGUUCGCAUUUACGAUCUAUAUGAUCGUUAUGGACCCUAUGCCACUGAGCCCUCCCUCCUGCAUCUUCUUGAUUGUCUUAUCGGGCGUAUACGUUUUCGCCUUAGUCGUUGAGUUGAUCAGCCACUUUGCUGGGGGCACCUUGCACAUUAUUCCGAUGCCCAUCUUCUCCUUACUCGGUCUCAUAUUUUUCGGGGUUGCCGGAAUUUUAUUAAUUGUAAAUGUCUAUGCACCAAUCAUGAUACAAAUAAUAGCAAUAACGCUGUGUCUACUGGCAGCAUUGUUAUUCUUAAUUGACAUCACGAUAGUUCUCGUAUUUUGGAAAAGAAAAUGCUCGGCCUGUAAAUGCUAUAAUGGCACGGAAAUUUUACCGCACAAAGACAAAGAACCAAGCGCAUCAGAAAUCAAAACAACAAAGCACGAUAUAACAACCAGCCUGAGUGACGUCAGGGUACCCCGCGAACUGGAGGGCGUUGUGACGCCUGAUCAUGGUUUUCGUAAGGUCGAGUAUCCUCGACGACGAGAAUAUGUCGAUUCUCCCACCUGUGUGCCAUCAAUAUGCCAUCUCGGGGUCGCCCAGAUUCAAACGGAAUCGAAAAAAGUGUCUAUUGUAGAGAGUCAAACUCCAAGCGCGAUCACGAAGGAAACGCCGAUGCAGACGUUGAGCAAAUGCGAAUUCUGUCAACAACAAAUACCCUUCGUGCGUCCCGUCACCGAAAAGUCAGACGUACGACGUACGCAAUGUUUCCAAUGUACGUCACAAUGGGGUUACCCCGCUAUCGUGCAGUUUGUUCGCGGAGAGGACGGCGUACCGUGCUGUUCUGGGUGCAAAUGCAUAACGGAUACAGCACAGAGCAGCUCGCAACAAUUACUGCAGCAACGUACAGAAUCGCUAACACCAAGAGUGAAGCCGUCUUCUAACAAAACGAUGGGGAGUGAGGCAACACAGCAGGUUGCGAUCAAACAAAAAGAAGAGGCAACAGAGAUAAAAAAGAAUGCGAAACCGACAAACGAGGAUGUCGAGCGGAACUUCGUGAAAACUGAAAAACCCGAGAGAACUAGAGAAACGAUUACUGAGCUCGUCAAUACACAAGAAAAAAGCAACGAAGAUUGUACAAAAGAAAACGAGAUCGAAAGAAGCAAAGGAGGAGGAGGAGAACGCUACACUAAAAUCUAUGAAAAGCUUAUGCGCAUGGAACAAGGAAGCAUAACAGACCUGGAGGAGUCGCCAACGCACAUGCAUAUGAACGAAACGCCGCCGAGCAGCAGGAUGAAACCUCGGGCAUUGUUGCAGUUAAAGUCGAAUAAGGUGGAUCCAAUCAAAAAUAUAGAUGUAAUCGAAGAUCAGAUCCCCGAAAGGAUAGCAUCGAGGACGAUGCUCGAUAAUCAGGCUGUUCCAAAAAACGAGCGUCCAGCAAGGACUGACUCGCCAAAUCCUGCAAUUGAAUAUCAGCUGAACGAUUCUUGUUUGUUCUGUAGGAGACAGAAUUUAACGCCAACUUCGGACAAUUCCAGAUGUUAUACCGUCCUGAAAGACAAAAAGGGGAAUUACUUCUGUGAAUUUUGCGCCCCAUCGAACAGUAAAAAGAUAAUGAAAAGACUCGAAAGCACGGACUUAAGAGAGCUACGGUGUGCCAAUUGUCGAUCGCAUCUUCGUUAUCGACUUAGAACUAACGUUAAACUCAAAACGGACACUUGUCCGAGAUGUAAUCGAUCGCAGAGACACGCGGCUUCUCCCUCUUCCACAUAAACAGGUUGCGAUUACGACACAACAGAUCCUUCGGGUCGAUAAAGCGCGUAUCCAUGCGAGUCAUAAAACGGAAACGUCGAUAGUGGAUUGUUUCAUUAAAAAGUUUUAUUCCUUACAAUAAGAGUCAUUAGGAACAGCGAUUGAAGGAACACACAGUAUAUUCGCGCGGACACAUUGAGAAGAAAUAAGCAGCGCCGAUCGCGUUGUUGAUCGUUACAGCUGUAACUUAAUGUAAGAUAACACUAUCGGAAGAACAUGAUUAUUCAUAUUGCUUUGUGAUAUUCCUCGAAACAUGAUAUCAGUUGCCGCCAACGGCGGGAUAUGCGCGACGCGCGUAAUCUGUAAUCUGCUUGUAAACAUUAUUAAUCUAGCUUAUUGU